UGACGUAAGUUAGUUUUGAUUGGCCUGUUGCAUUCUGAACCGCCAACUUAUCCCAUGUACCUAUCAGGAUUCGGGACUCGUCGUCACUCGGGAGAAUUUCAACAGCAAACAGGUAACGUCGUUAACUUGCGUCCCCCAUCUUUUUGCAAAUACAUCCACUUACAUCCAUUUACCUACAUCCACACGUUUCAUACAUACUUCAAAGCGAAUAUUUCCACAGUAUGCCACGAAAGAAAGGGGUUUCUUUGAAGAGGAACUGCCUCCAACGCAGCGCAACUGAUGACAUGGACCUCUUGGACAAAGCAGAUGUGGCUCAGCAUGAAGCACACCAAGGUAAAGUUGACGACAAUGACUUUCCUAUGGUUGCUGUGGCAUCUCCUGAAGCAGGAGGACAUGAGGAGUCUUCCUCCUUGGGAGAAAAAGACAAGCUGAUGUUCAUGGCCCAGGCAAUAAAGGCACUUGAAGAGGAACGAGAUUUUCUCCGUCAAACUGUCCUAAAACUCUCAAACAGGGGGGCAAAAAAGAAAGUUAAGAAAAUCUUGGACUCGAGCACUGAAUGCAGCACCAGUGGCACUGAUGAGGAGUCCCUGAGUUCUUGCUCCUCUUUAGAGUCAUCUGAUAGCGACAUUCCUCGGAAGAAGAAAAGAGGUCAUAAAAAGAAGACCAAGAGCUCUACCAGGUCAAAUACCAAGCACAGCUCACGUGCAACAACCCCAGAAGAUGUACUGAAGCGGUACAAUAAAGUUUUUCACGCCUUCAAGAAAGAAGGGAGUAUCAGUAAGGCAUGCACCAAAGUUGGGGUUGAUCGAAAUACACUGGCAUUAACAGCUGUUGUGGCUGAAAUACAGCUUGUUGAUCCAGAGUUUUACCGAAGCAUCCCAAAGUUCAGAUUAAAGGAUGAGAAACUCUGCGACUUUGCAAAGCGGUGCCUGCAGUCAAUGACAGCAGACCUCAAGUCUACCAUAGAAAAUGCAAAAAAAGAGCGUAAACUGCUGCCAAUAACAUACAAGCUCAGAUAGAAAGACAAAGUUAGUCCGGAGCCCUGUGUAAUGUUCCUUAUAGCUGCUCUGAAAUGGUAACUUGAGUUUGAUUUGACAAUUUUGGUCAUUGUAUACAAUGCUGUUCUAGUGUUAACCCAGCUGCAGGUACACUGAAGUUUUACUUGAAAAUCUGGUAAACUGUUCUGUAAUGUGUUAAAUAAACAUUA